AAACGAAGACUAACGAAAGAACAGAAAGAACGAACCGAUGCGCUGGUGAACUCAAUCAUCAACCAUCGCUGAAAUUAGUUUCCUUUUUUAGUUUUGUUGUAACGUUAGUCGCGCGAGUUGAGACCGUAAGCGAAGUUUUGCGCUGCGGAAAAUGAUUGACUUUAAAUAGGAAUGUCGAUGACAUUUUUUGAUCAAAAAUCAUCUUGCUAAUUUUAUAAACUGUACAAACGCAUCGUAAAUACAAAAACUAAGAUAUAAACAUUGAAUAAAUUGCGUAAAUACCAAUAUGUGGAGCCCCACGCACGUUCAGGUGACAGUUCAAAGAGCCAAAGGAUUACUGACGAAAGGAAAAAAUAAAACCAACGACUGCUUUGUAACAAUUGCACUGGGAAAAGAAAAGUAUCAAACAUCGGUGAAGGAGAAGGUUCCGAACAACGUAGAAUGGCACGAGGAAUGUGAAUUACAAAUACCACAGCAGGGAAAUACUGCCGAAGUUAUACUAACUGUUUUACACAGAAAUUUUCUUGGCGUAGAUGAAUUCCUGGGCAUGGUCAACGUGCCGCUUUCUAGCUUUGAUGUUUAUGAAAGGCCAAAGAAUAAAUGGUAUGUGUUGAGCACCAAGCCUGGUAAAGAGAAUACAAAAGAAAGGGGUGAGCUUGAAGUGAAAAUUGGAUUCAUAGUGAAAGCAGGAAGUUUAACAGAUCUGAGUAAGAAAGAAAGACACAAGAGUUCUCUGGGCCAAUUAUCGUCAGCAGCUCAAUCGAUUGGUGGUAGUUUACUGAGCAUUGGAAGUUUAGAAAAACGAAAGGGUCUGAAAAAAUUCGCAAAAUCAAUCGGCAACAAAGUCAAGGGAAAGAGCAAGAGUAAACUCGACAAAAAUGGCCUUGACGAGAGAGAAGAACACGAGAUACGGCCCUCCCAACAAGAACUUGGAGAAGCGGAUCCCGGUGUGAUAAGCGAAGACGAAGACGAGUUCACGUUUGACGAUUUGUCCCACAAGAGUUCUGCGUCUUCUCUGAAUACCCCUAGCACCCCAAACGCAGUAGGAACCUUAGAGGCCCAAACAACCCCUCCGAUAUCUACAGUUCCAGCCCCAAGUAAACCACCACGUUACACAGCGCCUACACAACUGCCUGUCUCUACACAAAAUACAAAUGAAGAUGAGUGGGGACAAAAAUUGUAUGGGAAACACGGCGGAAAUACAUUAAAAAGAUGGGACGACAAAUCAAAACCAAAAAUUCAAAUCGAUGAGCCAAAAGCUGAGUGGGAAGACUUGUCGCAAGCGGUUGUUAAGUCGAAAGAAUUUUCCGAACCACCUUCACCUGCUCCAAGAGAAAUUUUAAUUACUAAAAACAGUAAUAAAGAUGAAAAACAGACUGUGGCAAAGUCACCCAAGGAAGAAAAAGUCGUACACAAACCCGCAAAGGAUGAUAAGGUCCAAUUGCGAAGUCCAAAAGAGGAGAAACCAUCGAAGAAAGAUAAGAAAAAGGAGAAGGAGAAGGAGAAGGAACACAAGAACAGAGACUCAAAUGACAGCAAUCUCUCCAGUGAGAGGAUAAUCAUCGGAGGUGAAGAUUUGGUAAAAAAUUUCUCAUCGAAAAGCAGAUUGCCUAAUGAAAUACUGACACAGUUUGAUGGCAAAUCUCGUGAGGAUUUGAUCGAGUUGACGUUACAAUUGCAAAGGGAAGUGGCGGACAAGAAAAAAAGACUCGGUGAUCUGGAGGAUUACAUAGACUCUCUACUGCUCAGAGUUAUCGAGAGCUCUCCGAGAUUAUUACAGAAUCCAUAUCAAUCGCAGAGACGUCUUUCUUCACCCGGCCACCAAUAGCUUCCGUAUUUAUGCUACUUUAUAUUCUUUAACUCCUAGGUAUUUAUUCUACCCUUUUUACUUGGUCAGAUUCGUUUUUGACUUGCUGGGAGGUCCGACGCAAAAUUUCCUUCCCUCAACUGGUUGUCUUUGGAUAAUUCUUAUUUAUUUAUUUCUUUUCUUUCGUUUGAUAUUUUGAAAUAUUUUUAAAAAAGAAGUGAUUAGCUCGUUAGCAAAAUUGAUUUGUUACUCAACUGGUUUGUGAUUCAUAUUUACUAAUUAUAAGUGUUUCAUUUAAUCCGUGGCUAAUUGAAAUAUGAAAAUAAUAAUUACCACGUCUAGUAUCAAAUUAACGGUUUUUAUCUCUUCAUAAAAUCUUAGUAGGUGACUAGGACCUCGACGUACAAUGACUGUGAAGCGAUAUUGAUACCCGUACCAAAAUAUCUAUGUAUGCCCGUAGAAAACUAUCAAUAAUUCGUGAAUAUAACUCAACGUCUUCCCGAUUACAAAGUUUCUGCGAUAUCCGACACUAUAUAUUAAUCACAAAAAUGUGCUACGAUAUCAGAUAACGAACGGGGUGCCUGUCGAAUUUUUCUUCAUUAUUUCAUAAAAAUAAUCGAUAAUUCCAAAUCGAAUUGUGAUUAAAAAGAAUUUGAUUCGUGUACCUGAUUCUAUGACGUUGUUGAAAAAGUCCCGGGUUGUUCUUAUUUUAAAUACGUGAAUUCUAUAGUAGAAAAGUGAUAGAUCGCUUGUUAAUACUGUAGGCGGAAACAAAAAAAAAAUGAAAAAAAAGUUCGCCUUGAAAAAACAUAUUUUGAGUACACAGUACUUUCAUGGCGGUUAUCAAUCA